AUGGCCAUCACCAAGAUCCACGCCCGUUCCGUCUACGACUCUCGCGGUAACCCCACCGUCGAGGUCGACAUCGUCACCGAGACUGGCCUCCACCGCGCCAUCGUUCCCUCCGGUGCCUCCACUGGCUCCCACGAGGCCUGCGAGCUCCGCGAUGGUGACAAGAGCAAGUGGGGUGGCAAGGGCGUGACCAAGGCCGUUGCCAACGUCAACGACAAGAUCGCCCCUGCUCUGAUCAAGGAGAAGCUCGACGUCAAGGACCAGUCCGCUGUCGACGCUUUCCUCAUCAAGCUCGAUGGAACCAAGAACAAGACUGAGCUCGGUGCCAACGCCAUCCUCGGUGUCUCCAUGGCCAUCGCCAAGGCUGCUGCCGCCGAGAAGGGCGUCCCUCUCUACGCCCACAUCUCCGACUUGGCCGGCACCAAGAAGCCCUACGUUCUGCCUGUUCCCUUCAUGAACGUGCUCAACGGUGGCUCCCACGCUGGUGGCCGCAUGGCCUUCCAGGAGUUCAUGAUCGUUCCUUCUGAGGCUCCUACCUUCACCGAGGCCAUGCGUCAGGGUGCCGAGGUCUACCAGCAGCUCAAGUCUCUCGCCAAGAAGAAGUACGGCCAGUCUGCCGGAAACGUCGGUGACGAGGGUGGUGUUGCCCCCGACGUCCAGACCGCCGAGGAGGCUCUCGACCUCAUCACUGACGCCAUUGAGGCCGCUGGUUACACUGGUCAGAUCAAGAUCGCCAUGGACGUUGCCUCCAGCGAGUUCUACAAGGCCGAUGAGAAGAAGUACGACCUCGACUUCAAGAACCCCGACAGCGAUAAGAGCAAGUGGCUCACCUACGAGCAGCUCGCUGAGCUCUACAAGACCCUCUCCGAGAAGUACCCCAUCGUCUCUAUCGAGGACCCCUUCGCCGAGGACGACUGGGAGGCCUGGUCUUACUUCUUCAAGACCUCUGACUUCCAGAUCGUUGGUGAUGACCUGACAGUCACCAACCCUGAGUUCAUCAAGAAGGCCAUCGAGCAGAAGUCUUGCAACGCCCUCCUCUUGAAGGUCAACCAGAUCGGUACCAUCACCGAGGCCAUCCAGGCCGCCAAGGACGCUUUCGCUGCCGACUGGGGUGUCAUGGUUUCCCACCGCUCCGGUGAGACUGAGGAUGUUACCAUCGCUGACAUCGUUGUCGGUCUCCGUGCUGGUCAGAUCAAGACCGGUGCCCCUGCCCGAUCUGAGCGUCUCGCCAAGCUCAACCAGAUCCUCCGUAUCGAGGAGGAGCUUGGUGACAACGCCGUCUACGCUGGCACCAAGUUCAGGACUUCUGUCAACAUGUAA